GUGGAAGGUGUGAAGACCGGCCCAACCUUGGAGGGAGAUAUGGCCUUUGACGAUGUGCACCUCACAGAUGCACAGUGCCCUCCUCAUGGUUUCUGUGACUUUGAGAGCUCCUUCUGCAGCUGGAGCAACCUGGGCGGUAGAGUUGACCAGGGAGACUGGCUCCUUGGAGCGGGAGCUUCUCCAAACCCCAACACUGGACCCACUGUUGAUCACACAACUAACUCCUCUAAUGGUCACUACAUAUAUGUGGACAGCUCAGUGGGUGAGUGGGGAGACAUGUCCUACCUUGUCAGUGACGUAUUCCAGCCGUCCUCAAGGGGACACUGCCUUACAUUUUGGUACCACAUGUAUGGCAGCCACAUUGGGACUCUCACUGUCUACAUCAAUGACAGGAAAAUGCAUGCUGGAGGCAACGAGGAAGGACAUCUGAAGUGGACUAAAGCAGGAAACAGUGGAGACCAGUGGCUGCAGGACAGUGUGUAUAUUAAACAUGAAGAAGCGUUCUGGUUUGUGUUUGUGUAUGAAAGAGGAAAGAGUAUAGGCGGAGACGUGGCUCUUGAUGACAUCACCAUCCAACCGAGCAGCUGCUACUCUGAGCCUUCAGUUUUUCCCUCAAAUAAUUCAACUGCGCUGUACGCUGGCCUUGCAGUUGGUCUGAUGCUGCUGAUUGGAAUAACCAUCUCUAUAUUCCUUUUUAUGCUGAACCGAAAAUGGAAGUCAAGGAACACAUUGACAAUAGCGAAUAAUGAGGUUCCCAGAGAAAUCUCUAUAUUUGACAUGUCCGACCACACGCAACAUGAUACACAACCUAAUUAUACAUCUGACUUCGCCUUCUUCAACAAACUGUAUAAUCCAUCAGCACACACUGAGGCAUUGUCUGACGCUUAGCCUGGUUUUUACUUUAAGACUCCAUUACUCCAUUUGGAGUAGAAUAUAAAUGCAUUAUAUUUGUUCCACCUUCUUAUUCAGUGUGAUUUUUUUUUUUUUUUCAGUUUGAAAAAUUUUAAUUGCAUUCUUCCUUAUGUAUCUGCAAUUGGUGCUUGUUAAAAGCUUUUGGAGACUAUUUUUUUCCCAAGUGGAGAAUGUGUUAACUGCUUUAGUCUUUUUCUAUUUACUAAAGCAUCUUUGCUCUACAGAUUCAAAAGAAUUGUUUCUCCUAUUUUAGUCAAAACAACUAUUGAACGUGUAAGCAAAAAA